AUGGAAGAAGAACUCAGUGGCACAGAAGUUACAUUACAAGAGUUGGAACGUGAGAACAUAGAGAUGGAACAGUAUUUGGAACAAUGCUCAGAUCAUUUUGAUUUGCAAGGCUUUGAGGCAACAAUAAAGCAAAAUAUUGAAAGGUUUCGGUCCAUUAAUCAACUCCUACAGCCCAAAGCUCAGCCCUAUUUUCAAGUUAGAUUGGAGCUGGAAGCCAUAAACGCCAACUACUGCAGAGACAUUGAUGCUACCCUGGAAGCAUGUAGAAAAGAAACAAAGGAAUUGAUUCUGCAGUUAGAUAUGUUAAAGAAAGAGCAAAAAUCCUGUGGUGUUGCUAAUAAGAAACUAGAAGAAGAAGACCAUAAGCUAGGAUAUAAACUGAAUGCAACAGAACAAGAUUCAAAGAAUCUACAGUUGAAAAUCCAAGAACUGGAGAGCAUAAUAAAUGAAGGAAGAAAAAAUCUCCAGGAAAAGGAGAAAAUAAUAGUCACACUAGAAAUGAAACUUAAAGUGAGAGCUUCCAGGAGCGAAGUCGUCAGGCUUCAAACCGCAUUAGAGGAAAAAGAAAAUUGCUUAAGAAAUGCAUUAAGCGAGAGAGAAACACUCAAGGCCCAGGUGGAUAAAGGUGUUGGAUUAUAUAAAGAGGAAAUUGAAGAUCUGAAAACUCAGCUUGCUAAAGCUGAUAUGACAAGAAUGAAGCAAUCCAAAUUGUUUGAUCGAGAAAUGGCAAAUGCCAAAGCUCUGGCAGAUCAUCGGGAAGAGCAAUUAAGAAAGUUGAAAGAAGAACUUCGUAAAGCACAACAAGAACAGGAUGUAACAGUAAUGUCUAACAUUCCUCAGCCAUCUCUACCAAUUACUUGUGGUGGCGGUAGUGGAAUUGUACAGAAUACCCAUAUGCUAGUAUUAAAAUCUGAGCAUGCAAAGCUGGAAAAGGAAUACGCUCAACUCAAGAAAGAACACGAGCUACUGUUGACAAAUGGGCUUUCCUUGAAAGAAGAAAUUAAGAAAUGGAAGGAGCGAGCUAUGAAGAAGAAGGAGCGUGCCUUGGGAGACACAGCUGAGGAGCAUAAAACCAAAUCUCCAAGGAAAGUGUCAACUUCAUCUCUUUUGGCAUUGCCAGCCUCUCCCUGCAGGGAGCGCUCCACGCAGCCAAUUUUGCCUUUGGACACACCACAGUUGAUGCCAUCGAACAGCCAAGCAAAUUUCUUUGAUAACUCACGCUUAGGUGUUACUGCCAACACAAGAUCUGGCAGAACAGAAUCCGAAGAAAACGACUUUAAACACUGGCUUUCAUCAGACGAUAAAGGAAAUGUUUCUAAUUGUAAGACUCAGUGACAGUCAGAUUCUUUCAUAGAUGCUGGGCAAGACCGGCAGAUGCCACUUCAUUUUUCCUCUUCUGGCAAGAUAAAACGGAUGGUCUUUGAACAUACGUUCCAUCAUGCUCAUAUGUGUUUCUUACUUUUAUUUGGUGUAUCCAUUAGAAAACUCAUUUUGUACUGUA